AUGCUUUUGAUUCUUUAUUUAUUUGCAUUCACUUAUGCAUACUUGCGAAUGGAUCUUUCCAAGGUACCAGAUUCGCAUGUCUCAAAAAGAGAUGGAGUAAGGGGAGCGAUUUCGACAAGAAACUCCCUUUAUACAGCCCAAUUCAAGGUUGGUUCUAGGAAAGAUGAAGUUAGAGUAUCGCUUCUCUCUCAACUGAAUGAAUUGUGGUUUCCCCAUCCGAGGUGCAACAGCAUUACUUUCAUUGAAGACCAUAUAGAACGCAGAGAGUGGGUAGAGUGUUUUGAAUAUGGAACUUUCGAUCCGAAGCACCUGUCCACAUUCAGGCUGUCUAAUACAUCCUUCGAAUCUUGGUGGAAUGACGAUCUUGCGGAAGGAUACAUUGGAACAGAUGUGGUCCAGUUCGGAGAUAAAUCACUCAAUAUAACUUUUGGUGUAGGGUAUCGUACUGAUACUGUUGGCCAACUUGGUUUGGGGUUUCAACAUGACUCGUCGGCUCAUUCCAAUUUUACCAGCUUUGGAGAAAUGUUGGUUAAGAAUGGUUACAUAUUGCGAAAUGCUUAUUCUCUUCAAUUGGGUGCAAACAAUGCCUCUGAAGGUGUCCUAAUGUAUGGAGCUGUGGAUCACAGUAAAUAUGACGGCACCCUCCAGAAAAUUAAAAUGGUCAAUGCUAGCGCAGACGGAAAUUUUGAUGCGAUCCUGAUCAACUUCGAUGGUAUUCUGUAUUCAGAUGGUUGGAAUUUUUCGAACUGUGCUGUAAUCCUUGAAAUCACACGUCCUGGGCUGGUACUUCCCUUUCCAGUAGUUAAGAAAAUAGCAGAAUUACUCCACGGUUACGAGUGGCUGGAUUCCAGGUAUCGUGUUCCUUGCUUUAAUUUGGAACUGACAGAUGUUAUCCGCUUUUAUUUUAGUGGCAUUGAGCUUCAAGUGCCUAUCAGAGAUUUAAUUACUCAACACGUGUUUAAUUGCUGGCUUUCAAUUGAAUAUAUCAGCUCAGGUCCGUACUUACUUGGUCAGGACAUUUUGAAAAGUGCAUACCUUGUUGUUGAUUUGGAGGGUAGAGAAGUUGCGUUGGCGCAGGUAAAUUCCACUUCCAACAAUGAAAAUAUAGAGGAAAUCGGGAGCACGGUCCCUCUGGCAUUAGAGGCACCAUUAUACUCGUACACUGAGGCUCGAGAUAAGUAUUAUCGGUAUUCCACUCAUACUUUUCAAGAUAACAAGAAGACCCGGUCUGGACCAACCUAUUCAAUGAACACUAGUCCUUUAACACAAGACGCAGGUGGAACAAAAUAUGUUCAAACCGCUAUUGAGAAGACCUGGGAAACUGAGAAAACAGAAUUGACCACAAGUACAUGGACUAUUACUGAGUAUUUCUCUUCUAUGCUUAAAGCAACACGAACUUAUACUCACACUACCACUGAUGAUUUGGGGUCAGAAGUUGUUUCGACAAGUACCUACGAGUAUUCAUCUUUGACUUAUACAAAGACUGAAUGGAAGACAUACACUGGGACGGAGACUUAUUUAACAACGGCUGUUAUUUGGGGGGCGCCUCGACGGGAAGACUUUUCUAGCAAAUCCAGCAAUCCUGGUGUGGUGGUCAAGUACCUGCCAUCUUUUAUGUUUCUAUUCUUGUUAGCGCUUUUAUAG